UGAAGCCGAUUAUAUGAUGUUCCGCUUACUUUUCUACCCUCGUGGGAAUAAACAUUAAAAAAUCCUUUGAUUUAAAUGCGAGCCGAAACAUAAGAGAAGAGCAAAGCAGAGAGCCAAAAAAGAAAAGAAAAAGAAAAGAAAAGAAGGGAGUUUUAUAUAAUGAAGGCAACAGCCGAAGACGAUCCUCCUCGAGGUCUCGAGUUCGAAUCCUUGGAAGAAACAGAACCAGAAGAAACAGAAAACGAGGAGGUGCUCAUCCCAGGGCUCGUGGACGAUCUCGCGCUGAGCUGUCUGAUAAGGCUUUCGUUACCUGAGCAGGCGGUGGCGAGGUCUGUGUGCCGGUCAUGGAGGCGGGCGAUCUCGAACCGGGGUUAUCUGAACGCAAGGCGUGCGCUUUCUUUGGCGGAGCCAUGGCUGUUUGUGUUCGCCUUUCACAAGGUGAGCGGCAAGAUCCAGUGGCAAGCUUUGGACCGGCGCCGCCGGUCCUAUCAUGUGAUCCCUGCCAUGCCCUGCAAGAAGCCUGUAUGUCCGCCAGGGUUUGGCUGCGCCGCCAUCGGAAGCGCAGGGGUUUUGCUCGUCUGUGGCGGCCUGCGCUCUGAUAUAGAGUGUCCAAUGGAUACUUGUCUUAAAUAUGAGACCUUUUCUAAUCGCUGGACUCCUGCCGCUCGAAUGGGAACUGCUAGGUCAUUCUUCGCCUCUGCUGCAAUCGAGGGCAGAGUUUAUGCCGCUGGCGGAAGCUCCGCUGAUUCAUGUGACCUCAGCUCCGCUGAGGCCUACGAUCCUGUGGACGACACGUGGCGCCCCAUUGCCUGUAUGGGGGCGAAUAUGGCGCGUUAUGAUGCCGCGGUUCUCGAUGGGAAGCUCCAUGUGACCGAGGGCUGGUCUUGGCCUUUUCAUUUCAGCCCUCGGGGGCAAAUCUAUGAUCCUGUGACUAAUCGCUGGGAGAAUAUGUCGCUUGGGAUGCGGGAGGGCUGGACUGGCCUCAGUGUUGUGCUCGGGAAUUUUCUUUUCAUUAUUCCCGAGCACGGGAAUUCGAGGCUUAAAUUUUAUGAUGGGAAAUCUGAUAGCUGGAAAUAUGUUUCUGGAUCUCCUAUGCCGACUCAGCUGCAGCGCCCUUUUUCUGUUAAUAGCAUUGACGGCAUGCUUUAUGUUGUUGGGCGCAGCCUUCAUGUUGCUGUUGGUACUGUGAAGCGGCUCGCCGGUGAGGUCGUUUCUGUGGAAUGGGAUGUCAUCAUGGCGCCCGAGGGUUUUGCUGGAUUCGUGCCCUCAAAUUCUCAGGUGCUUUAUGCGUAGAGAAUUGUGAAGAAUGCCACCGGGUUUUCAAAGUCCUGGUCUGUGAAUAAUGUACUGGAAGGAUAUGUGAAUUUCAUUUUUUUUAUAUGAAUUCUAUUUAUGUAUGUAAGCAGGUUUCUGGGAUCGAUUUCCCAUUUCGUCUGCAACGGGAAUAAGGGAAAAAUUAUUUUAAUGGCUCCAAGGAGAAAAUGGCGACUGAUUUUGAAAGAA